AUGGUGGAGCAAGAUAAUGGGUUUUUACAGAAGCUACUCAAAACACAAUACGAUGCUGUCUUCCAUUUAAAGGAUGAAAAUGGUAUAGAAAUAUAUCCAAUAUUCAAUGUACUGCCACCUAAAAAAGAAUAUCCAGACUAUUACAUUAUAAUAAGGAAUCCGAUAUCUUUAAACACUUUAAAGAAACGAUUGCCCCAUUAUACAUCGCCACAAGAUUUUGUUAACGAUUUUGCGCAAAUUCCUUGGAAUGCAAUGACAUACAAUGCAAAAGAUUCAGUAAUUUACAAAUAUGCCAUUCUUCUUGAGUCUUUUAUUAAAGGAAAGAUCGUGCACAAUAUAAGAAAACAUUAUCCCGAGGUGACAUAUCCAUCUCUAGGUCGAAUUCCGGAAAUAUUCGCAGAGAGUAUGCAACCCUCCGAUUUAUCCUCGAACCCCAUUAAUACACAGGAAAAUGAUGAAAAGGCUGGCUUAAAUCCAGAGAUGAAAAUGGCUUUCGCAAAACUAGAUAGUUCGAUCACUGAAAGGAAACCAACCAACCAAGAUUACAGGAUGCAACAAAAAAACUCACCAGCGUUUCCAACCCAUUCUGCUUCUAUAACACCGCAGCCGCUGGCUUCACCUACUCCAGUUGUUAACUAUGCAAAUAUUACCUCGGCGCAUCCCAAAACCCAUGUUAGACGCGGUAGACCACCAGUAAUUGAUCUACCCUAUGUACUGAGGAUUAAGAAUAUCUUGAAGAUGAUGAGAAGAGAGGUCGACCAAAAUAAUAAGACGCUUACCCUCUGUUUUGAAAAACUACCAGAUAGAAACGAGGAGCCAACCUAUUACUCUGUCAUAACAGAUCCCAUUUGUCUAAUGGAUAUUAGGAAAAAGGUUAAGUCCAGAAAAUAUAGAAAUUUCCAUACUUUUGAGGAAGACUUUCAAUUAAUGCUAACAAAUUUUAAGCUUUAUUAUUCUCAAGAUCAGAGCAAUAUAAUACGAGCUCAACUAUUGGAGAAAAACUUCAAUAGAUUAGUGCGAAUUGAAUUAUCCAAACCUGAUGAAGACUAUUUACCUGAAGGUGAAUUAAGAUAUCCUCUAGAUGAUGUAGAAAUCAAUGAUGAGAAAUACCAGAUAGGUGAUUGGGUUCUUUUACAUAAUCCAAACGACAUCAAUAAACCCAUUGUUGGCCAGAUUUUUAGAUUAUGGUCUACUACAGAUGGAAACAAAUGGUUGAAUGCUUGCUGGUAUUUUAGGCCAGAACAAACCGUUCAUCGGGUGGAUAGGUUAUUCUACAAGAAUGAGGUCAUGAAAACUGGUCAAUAUAGAGAUCAUCCUAUUCAGGAUAUUAAGGGAAAGUGCUACGUUAUUCAUUUUACCAGAUUCCAGCGUGGGGAUCCUAGCACGAAAGUCAAUGGUCCUCAAUUUGUUUGCGAAUUCCGUUAUAAUGAAAGUGAUAAGGUUUUCAACAAAAUCAGGACUUGGAAAGCUUGCCUGCCGGAAGAACUCCGUGACCAAGAUGAGCCUACGAUACCUGUUAAUGGAAGAAAAUUUUUUAAAUACCCUUCUCCAAUAGCAGAUUUGUUACCAGCAAACGCAACUCUAAAUGACAAAGUUCCAGAACCCACGGAGGGAGCCCCAACUGCCCCACCUUUGGUAGGCGCUGUAUAUUUAGGCCCCAAAUUAGAGAGGGAUGAUCUGGGAGAGUAUUCAACUUCUGAUGACUGCCCUCGAUACAUAAUCAGACCAAAUGAUCCACCAGAAGAAGGUAAAAUAGAUUACGAAACAGGAACAAUAAUUACAGAUACCUUAACCACAAGCAGUAUGCCCAGAGUGAACAGUUCCUCCACAAUACGUUUACCCACUUUAAAGCAGACUAAAUCAAUUCCCAGCUCCAAUUUCAGGUCCUCAUCAAAUACUCCACUAUUGCAUCAGAACUUCAAUCAGACUUCCAAUUUUUUGAAAUUAGAAAACAUGAAUAAUAGUUCUCAUAAUUUACUAUCACAUCCUUCCGUUCCUAAGUUUCAAUCGCCCUCUUUAUUAGAACAGAGUAGUCGCUCUAAAUACCAUAGUGCAAAAAAACAGACACAGCUAUCAUCAACAGCUCCCAAAAAGCCUGCAUCUAAAAGUUUUACAUUAUCCUCAAUGAUUAAUACCUUAACUGCUCAUACCUCGAAGUACAACUUCAACCAUAUUGUUAUUGAAGCCCCGGGUGCAUUUGUGGUUCCUGUACCAAUGGAAAAAAAUAUAAGAACCAUCCAAUCGACAGAACGUUUCAGUAGAUCAAAUCUAAAAAACGCUCAAAAUCUCGGUAAUACUGCUAUUAAUGACAUAAAUACUGCAAAUGAGCAAAUAAUAUGGUUCAAAGGGCCCGGUGUAAAAAUCACAGAGAGAGUUAUUGAUUCCGGAAAUGAUUUAGUACGGGUACCUUUGAAUAGAUGGUUCUGUAAAAACAAAAGGAGAAAACUGGAUUACGAAGACAUUGAAGAAGAUGUUAUGGAACCACCAAAUGACUUCAGCGAAGAUAUGAUUGCUAAUAUUUUUAAUCCUCCGCCGAGCUUGAAUUUAGAUAUGGAUUUAAAUCUAAGCCCAUCCUCGAAUAACUCUUCUAAUUUCAUGGAUUUAAGCACAAUUGCAAGCGGUGAUAACGAUGGGAAAGAAUGCGAUACGGCGGAGGAGAGUGAAGACGAAAACGAAGAUACAGAAGACGAGCACGAAAUUGAAGAUAUCCCGACCACGUCUGCUUUUGGCUUAAAUUCUUCCGCUGAAUACCUUGCAUUCAGAUUACGAGAAUUUAAUAAAUUAUGA